AUGCGCGCUUUUAUUACACUCUGCCUGCUUGCGUCGGCGUACGCGAAGCCACAAGGCUACAGCUACCAGAACCAGCAAAACAGCUACCAGAACCAACAGAGCAGCUAUCAGAAUCAACAAAACAGCUUCCAAAUAAAAUUGCCUGGCAUUAGCAGUACUUCAAGCGCACAACAAACACCAAGUUUCCUACAACAAGCGUUACAGAACACCAAAUUGACACAAUCGCUUAUCAGCGCACCAGCGCCAGCGCCAGUGCCAAGCGUUGCCACACCAAAUAACUACUAUCAGCCACAAUUUCAAUCUAACUUCCAACCCAGUCAUCUGCCAGUGCAGCAACCCGCCUUUGCCACCUACCCACAACAACAAUACCAACAAGGCGGUGGCAGCUUCGGACCAGCACCAUCAUCGCUAGUCACCAAGGACAUCUAUGUGCAUGUUGCGCCCGAAGAGCAAGAGGAACGCUACCAACGACCAGUGUUGCCACCACCACCACCACGCAAGCACUACCGUAUCGUUUUCAUUAAGGCGCCAUCACCAAAACCAAGCGCUGCGGCAUUGCGUAUCAAUCAAGCGCCCACCGAGGAGAAGACCAUCAUCUAUGUGCUCACACGCAAACCGGACCCACUCGACUUGGAGGCGGCCUACCAGGAGGCAGCGCCCAAACAGCCCAGCAAACCGGAAGUCUACUUCAUCAAGUAUCGCACACAAGAGGAAGCGCAACAUGCACAGCGCACCAUCCAAGAGCAAUACGAUCAAUUAGGUGGCACUACACAGGUCUCCGACGAGGGCAUCGCACCGGUAACCUCAGUGAUAGGAUCGCUGGAUCCACGUGGCGCAAGCGCCGGCGGCAGCAUCAGCAGCUCCAGUGCAUCGAGUAGCAGCAGCAGCAGCGGCAGUAGCAGCAGUGCCAGCAGCAGCAGUGAAGGUGGCAGUUUAGGCAAAUAUUUGCCCCCAAUUACACGACUUUAAAUUUAGUUAAUUAAAAUUUUUAGCGAGAUUAAAUUAAUCGACUGAAAGCGAUUUUACGGCACAACAAAAGAAAACA